CGCGCACCAUGCAACCUCCGCCGGACUGGCCCCCGGUGCCUGGCGCCUUCACGCCCUCGCCCUUCCCGAACCCUGUGCUGCAUGCCCUCCACGGCCUGGCCCGCGCGCUGCUCUUCCCGGCCUACUGGGCCCUGGACCAGCUGCUGGGUUGCUGGGCGCCGCUGGCGCGCCCGAGCUGCCUACAGUGGCUGAGCGUCUCCUUGGGAGCCGGGGGGGCGUUCCUGCUGCUCGUGCUCGUCGGCCUGCCUCUGGCUUUGCCGGGCCUGCUGCUCUGGCUGCCGCUGCAGGCCUGGCGCCGCCCCUUCUGCUACCAGGCCCCUCCGCAGGGCUGGGCGCCCCCCGCGCCCUGGCGCCCCCCAGCUGAGCCCGCGCGCUGCUUCAGCUUUCUCAGCGCCAACGUGUGCCUGCUCCCCGACGGGCUGGCGCACUUCAGCAACUUGCCGCACACCCAGCGGCGAGCCGAAGCGGUGGGCGCCGUGCUGCUCGCCGGCCUGCGGCCCUUGCGCUAUGGGGCUAUGGGCUGCAGUUCGCCAGGGACUGGGGCGCCCGGCGGGGUGCUGAUAGCCACGGUGCCGGCGGGUCUGGACUUCGUGUGCCUGCAGGAGGUGUUCGACCUGCGCGCGGCGCGCCGCGUGGUGAGGCGCUUGGCGCCCAAUCUGGGCCCAGUGCUAUACGACGUGGGUACGUUCGGCCUGCAGCCCGGGCCGCACCUCAAGCUGCUGGGCAGUGGGCUGUUGCUGGCAUCCCGCUACCCGCUGCUGCGCGCUGCCUUCCGGUCCUUCCCCGACGCUCGUCGCGAGGACGCGCUGGCCUCUAAGGGACUUCUUUCUGCACAGGCGCAAGUGGGCAUCCUGGACGGGCGCCGCGUCGUGGGCUUCCUGCACUGCACGCACUUGCAUGCGCCGAGUGAGGAUGGCCCCCUGCGCUGCAAGCAGCUAACGGCGCUGCUGGACUGGGCUGAGCAGUUUGAGGUUGAAAGCAACCACAGUGACGAAAUUGUGGCCUUCAGCGUGCUCCUGGGUGACCUGAACUUUGACAACUGCUCCCUACACGACGCACUGGAGCAGGAGCACCAGCUUUUCAGCUGCUUCCGCGACCCUUGCCGUCUGGGCACGCGCCAGGACCAGCCGUGGGCCCUGGGAACAGUAUUGAGCACUUCCAGGCUCCACCACUCAGUGGCCUGCUCCCCGGAGAUGCUGCGGAGGGCCCUGGAGCAGGAGGAAGGGCGCCACCACUACCUGGCAGGCCUUCCCCACGGAGGCCCCCGGGCUAAGCCCUGGCGGGGCCGGCGCCUGGACUACAUCACCUACCGUGGAGAGCCAGGAGGCCUGCUCAGUCCAGAAGUAGAACAGGUGACAUUCAGCACCGCCCUAGCAGGGCUCACCGACCACCUGGCCGUGGGACUUCGGCUCCGAGUUUCCAUGGCCUCGUGAGGCAG